AUGGUGUGCAGUGCGACAGGGACUUUAUAUGUUUAUACGGCCGGUGAGCUUGCCAAGGUGCUCGCUCGGAUGUUUGAAAUAAAGACGCUAAUUUAUACCUCUGUGGCUCCGAUUUUCCAUUGGGUUGAGGGCAAGAUGAAAAGUGACAUCCACAACCUGUGCAAACUGUCCAGCAGCGACCCCUGCAGGAAGCAGGGAGUAAUGUGGCCACAAGGGGAUCACAGGGAAGAUAAGACAAACACAGAAGCCUCCACUCAGCUGGUCUCCCAGGAGCCAGAAUUUGUAAGGAAAGGUGCACUGGCUAACCUGCAAGCCACCCCAGCGACAACUCAUCUGCUAGCCAUUCCCACCACAGAGCUCAAUAGAGCCCAGAACCACCCCCCUCCACCUAGCUCCAACAAGAGAAGCCUCCCCACUUCCCUGGCUGAGAAUAGUCUCCGGGAGCCCCCGCCCCUCCAGGGGCGCUCCCGGAGGGCGGAGCGUCGGCGGGUCCCCCGGGAGCCGCCGGAGACCUGCGGGGCGGGCGCCCCCAGCGCCGAGGUUGAAGGAGGCCAGGCUCGCGCGGCACCUCCCUUCGGGGUUUGCGAGUGCGGCUGCGCGCGCCGUGUGCCCGUGUCCGGAGAGCGGCGGGCUGGACGCGGACCGCGCGAGGGAGCGAGCGAGCGAGCGAGCCAGCCGGCCGGCCCCGAGCAGCAAGCAGCCCGGGCGGCAGCCGCGGCGGCGGCUGGACGCUCCGCGCCUCGUCUCCCCACCCCGGCCUGGCCAGCCGGCUUCUCCCCGCCGCGCCCGGACUCGCCACCCCCGCCGCCCGGGCCCGACCACCGCAGCCCCCUCGCCUCGGUGGGCAGCACCCGGCGCUUAGCCCGGAGCGGGGCGCACAGGGACCGGCCCUGCGGAGCGAAAAGCCCAGCCCGGAGAGCCCCUAGCCGAAGCCGGCCCGGUGCGGCUCUCUCUCCCUCUCCCUCUGCUCCAGCCCGGGAGCUGUCCUUUCAGCACCGUCGCGGGACCCGGAGCCCCGAGUGGCAAGCCAGGCGGCCAGGCGCGGACCAAAGCGGAGGGAGCCCCAGCUUGAGCGAGCGCACCGAGCAGCAAGCACCCCGAGUGCCCCUGCCCAGGGGACCCGCCAUCUCCUCCGAGAGGCGGGGAGAGAGAAAGAGAGAGAGGAAGGCGGGCGGGCAAGCAGGCAGGCAGGCAGGCAGGCGUGCCCGCCGCCUGGAAAGGGGGAGCAGGCAGCCAAGGCAAGCAAGGAGAGGGAAGGAGGGGGCCCGGAGCUCGCCCUGCGCCCCAAAGCUGCAGCCCAGCCGCGCAGGAAGGCAGCGAGCAUCCUCCAUCUCUCUCCCACCCACCCUCCACGCUCCACCGGAGCACGCUGCACCGACCACCGUCCAGCAGAGCCCAGCGAGCAAGAAUUCCACCCCAACCCCUCUCCUCCCUGCCUCCUCCUCCACCUCCUCCUCCUCCUGCUGGGGAUUGGGGAGGGGUGCUCUGACCUCCCCCUCCCACCCUCGCACCCCGAAAGAAAGAAAGAGAUUUCAGCUUGGUGUCGCCUGUUCCGCUGGGCCUGCGGUCCCCUCUCGGGUGCCCCCCGAAGCUGCGUCUCCGGUUGCUCCCGACGGCCCAGGGGGAGGGGGAGGAGGCCGCGGAGCCCCCUCUCCCCGGUGCCACCCGGCUCGCUCGCUCGCCGGCUCCCAUGGGCGUCGCGGGCCCGCGCCAUGCCUAAGGGGGCGCCGCGAUGGGCCAGGGACGGAGAGCGAGCGCAUCGUCAACGUGGGCGGCACGCGCCACCAUACCUACCCGCUCGACGCUGCGCACGCUGCCCGCACGCGGCUGGCCUCUGCCGAGCCCGACGCCCACAGCCACUUCGACAACCCGCGCUCCGACGAGUUCUUCUUCGACCGCCACCCGGGCGUCUUCGCGCACAUCCUGAACUACUACCACGGCAAGCUGCACUGCCCGGCCGACGUGUGCGGGCCGCUCUACGAGGAGGAGCUGGCCUUCUGGGGCAUCGACGAGACGGUGGAGCCCUGCUGCUGGAUGACCUACCGGCAGCACCGGGACGCCGAGGAGGCGCUCGACAGCUUCGGGGGCGCGCCCCUGGACAACAGCGCCGACGACGCGGACGCCGACGGCCCCGGGGACUCGGGCGACGGCGAGGACGAGCUGGAGAUGACCAAGCGCCUGGCGCUCAGCGACUCCCCCGACGGACGCUCGGGCAGCUUCUGGCGCCGCUGGCAGCCGCGCAUCUGGGCGCUCUUCGAGGACCCCUACUCGUCCCGCUCCGCGCGGUAUGUGGCCUUUGCCUCCCUCUUCUUCAUCCUCGUCUCCAUCACCACCUUCUGCCUGGAGACGCAUGAGCGCUUCAACCCCAUCGUGAACAAGACUGAGAUCGAGAACGUCCGGAAUGGCACGCAGGUGCGCUACUACCGAGAAGCGGAAACGGAGGCCUUCCUCACCUACAUCGAGGGCGUCUGUGUGGUCUGGUUCACCUUCGAGUUCCUCAUGCGUGUCAUCUUCUGCCCCAACAAGGUAGAGUUCAUCAAGAACUCGCUCAACAUCAUCGACUUUGUGGCCAUCCUCCCCUUCUACCUGGAGGUGGGCCUCAGCGGCUUGUCCUCAAAGGCCGCCAAGGAUGUGUUGGGCUUCCUGCGGGUGGUCCGCUUUGUGCGUAUCCUGCGCAUCUUCAAGCUGACCCGCCACUUCGUGGGCCUUCGGGUCCUGGGCCAUACCCUGCGAGCCAGCACCAAUGAGUUCUUACUGCUCAUCAUCUUCCUGGCUCUGGGCGUCCUCAUCUUUGCCACGAUGAUCUACUAUGCUGAGAGGAUAGGGGCCCAGCCCAAUGACCCAAGCGCCAGCGAGCACACCCACUUCAAGAACAUCCCCAUUGGCUUCUGGUGGGCUGUGGUCACCAUGACAACGCUGGGCUACGGAGACAUGUACCCGCAGACGUGGUCUGGCAUGCUGGUGGGAGCGCUGUGUGCGCUGGCAGGGGUACUGACCAUCGCCAUGCCUGUGCCGGUCAUCGUGAACAAUUUCGGCAUGUACUACUCCUUAGCCAUGGCUAAGCAGAAACUACCAAAGAAAAAAAAGAAGCAUAUUCCACGGCCACCGCAGCUGGGAUCUCCCAAUUAUUGUAAAUCUGUCGUAAACUCUCCACACCACAGUACUCAGAGUGACACAUGCCCGCUGGCCCAGGAAGAGAUUUUAGAAAUUAACAGAGCAGAUUCCAAACUGAAUGGGGAGGUGGCGAAGGCCGCGCUGGCGAACGAAGACUGCCCCCACAUAGACCAGGCUCUCAGCCCCGAUGAGGGCCUGCCCUUUACCCGCUCGGGCACCCGCGAGAGAUACGGACCCUGCUUCCUCUUAUCAACCGGGGAGUACGCGUGCCCACCUGGUGGAGGAAUGAGAAAGGAUCUUUGCAAAGAAAGCCCUGUCAUUGCUAAGUAUAUGCCGACAGAGGCUGUGAGAGUGACUUGACCAGGCGGCUUGGCCCAGGACACUGAUGGCUAUUAAGCAUCUGGGUGGACCUGCAGCCCCUCCUCACCCUCGGACAGAGUAAAUUCACGUCAUGCAGGUUUGCCGGACGAGGCCGAGGGGCCCAGGCCUUGUGCUAGGACGGACGUAGCUUUUUCUACGGCCAAAUGGUAACUGACCGUAGAGGAUUUCUUUUCUUUUCAUUUUCUUUCUUUCUUCUUUUUCUUCUUCUCCCCCCUUCAAUUUCAUUUUAUUUGGGGAGGGGGGAUGGAGGGGUUCCUUAGCAUGACUUGCAUGAAGUAAAACAGAAAACCCACCCCACCCACCCCUGCAACUGUAUGAUCAUUCUAAACAACGAAAAGACUAAAAGCAAAAGUCCUCUAUUUUCUUUCAAAGCUCUUUCACACAUGGCUUGGGAGCCAAACUGUAAAGGCGCUCAGUAGCAACCUGUACAUUUGGGGGGAGGGGAAUAAAGGGUGAAGGGGGGCAGGGAAUGGAUCGCUUCCCUUUCUAUCCACGGGAUCAAGAGCAAAGGUUCCAUAAAGGGCAGCCGGUCAGUCAUCGGUCAUAUUGACCUCACCUCCAUAAUCCAUCUCUCAUGCGGAAACCAAGCACUCUGCUCCAGGUAGACUCAUGGACUCCCACACUGCCGCCUUCUUCCUGUUUGGCAUGUUUGUGACCCGGCGGACGUCUCCCCAGCACCCUUGAAGUGGCUAGUCUAGGUCGAGUCUAUCAUCUCGUUGGUGUGUAGCUCCAGUGUGAUCAACUUCCAUCACCAAUUGUUCCUAGUAGUUCAUCCAACUGUGUCUGGAUUUUCCAAGUGUUACUUAGCGCACCAGGCCAUCAGGACACGGGGAGGAAGGCAUAGCCUCCUCCCCUAUGCAGGCACAAGCCCUGCCUUCUGUGUACUCUAGUACUGCCGAGUAAAACACUGCAUGCCCGAUGUUCUGCAAAGCGAUUCCAGCAUGAAAUAAAUUUUGUAUCAUGGUUUUCUGUAUAGUCUAAAGCAGAUUUGUUUUUCGGAAGCAAUUGGAGGGUUUGCAGAGACACACACUUCUGCAUCUUGAAUAAAUAUAGUAUUUUCCCAACAGAAA